AUGAAUACGGAAGAUUUGAGGAUGAGUUUUCUCGCCUCGCCGGAUUGGGAAGAUCGGCUGAGGAGAACCUUUCUAUAUCCGGGGACGCAGUGCUUGGACGACGUUAUGCCGCUUGACAUCUCAGAAUUCUGCGUCGAGCACUUUCGAGAGCUCGCGCCAAAAAACGCUGGAAAACUUGGACCUCGCAUCGCCACUCGAUUGAUGCGAAAUACGGCGCUCUGUCCGUCCGCGAUCGUCGCCGCGCUGAUUUACCUCCAACGACUCAAAGCAAACAACCCUGAAUACCUAAAGAAAGUGGAGUCUUCGGAAUUAUUCAUCGUUUCGAUGAUGGUUUCCUCCAAGUACCUCUUUGACAACGGGACUGACGACGAGUGCUACAACGAUGAGUGGGCCGACUGUUUGGGAUUGGAGUCCAAGGAUUUGACCAAAAUGGAACUUGAUUUUCUCACAGCGAUAGACUGGAGCUGCCAUAUCAGCAAUGAAGAAUUCAAAAACACCCUCGCCCAGCUUGAAAUUCAACUGGCAAUGCAGACGAUUCAAAAGACGGCGUUUUCACAUACAACACGGCUGUUAACCUUCGUCUUAUGCUCUCCUUGUGGCAGUUUUUCAAGGACGUGUCAAAGUUGUUCUUUGUCUCUGCUCUGA